CUGUGAGUUACAAAAUAUCCUUAAACUGAAUAGAACAGUAUGGCUGCCCCCAUGAAGGCAAUAAUUUCGGGUUCAUAAAGUUUCACAAGUUGUUAAAAAAGUAUGGGCGACCUAUCGAAUUUAAACCGGGAGAAGUUGGCUGCUCCUGUCAAGGAGAUUGAGGAGAAAUGGAAGUUAUUGCCAUCAUUCCUCAAGGUGAAAGGGCUUGUCAAGCAGCACAUAGAUUCCUUCAACUAUUUUGUGAACAUUGAUAUAAAGGAAAUCAUGAAGGCUAAUGAUAAGAUUACAAGUGAUGCUGACCCUAACUUUUACAUGAAAUAUCUGAACAUUUAUGUGGGCAUGCCAGAUGUGGAGGAAGGAUUUAAUAUCACCAAACCAAUAUCCCCUCAUGAGUGUCGACUGAGGGACAUGACAUAUUCAGCACCAAUAACAGUUGAUAUUGAAUACACUAGAGGGAACCAGCGUAUAGUCAGAAAUAAUCUACCUAUAGGAAGGAUGCCUAUUAUGUUACGAAGUUCAAAUUGUGUUCUGAAUGCUAAGAGUCCAGCAGAGAUGGCCAAAUUAAAUGAAUGUCCGAUGGAUCCUGGAGGCUACUUUAUUGUUAGAGGUGUAGAGAAGGUAAUAUUGAUACAAGAACAGUUGUCCAAGAAUAGAAUGAUUGUAGAUACUGAUGUUGGUAGGAAGGGAAGUAUCAUCUGUUCUGUUACUAGUUCAACUCAUGAGAGAAAAAGUAAAACAGAUGUUCUUGUUAAACAUGAGAAGUAUUAUCUUAAACAUAACUCAUUUUCCGAGGACAUUCCAAUAGCAAUUGUGUUUAAAGCAAUGGGGUUUGAAUGUGAGCAGGAGUUUGUACAGAUGAUAGGUAGUGAGGAGGAGGUGCUAGCGGCUGUAGCCCCGGGUCUAGAGGAGUGUCAUAAAGCGGGAGUGUUUACUCAUUUACAGGCUUUGAAAUAUAUUGGGAAUCGUAUUCGACAGAGACGAAUGUGGGGAGGACCAAAAAAGACAAAGGUUGAUGAAGCAAGGGAUGUUUUACAUGGUGUAGUUCUAGCUCAUGUACCAGUUGUAGAAUGGAAUUUCAAGUUGAAAGCUGUAUAUCUGGCACUGAUGGUACGUCGUGUAAUACAAGCUCAGUUAGGAAUGGUGAAGGCAGACGACAGAGAUUACUAUGGUAACAAGAGGUUGGAGUUAGCUGGCUCACUUAUAUCAUUACUCUUUGAAGAUCUCUUUAAGAAAUUCAAUGCAGAGUUGAAGAAGAUAGCUGAUGUGACCAUACCAAAGCCAAGAGCAGCCCAGUUUGAUAUUGUAAAACAUAUGAGACAAGAUCAGAUAACAAAUGGACUGGUUCAUGCUAUAUCUUCUGGUAAUUGGACAAUUAAGAGAUUUAAGAUGGAUCGAGCAGGUGUAACACAGGUACUAUCAAGAUUGUCCUAUAUCUCAGCUCUUGGAAUGAUGACUAGGAUAUCUUCACAGUUUGAGAAAACACGUAAAGUAAGUGGUCCUAGAUCUCUGCAGCCAUCUCAAUGGGGAAUGUUGUGUCCAUCAGAUACACCUGAGGGAGAGGCUUGUGGUUUAGUCAAGAAUCUUGCAUUGAUGACACAUAUUACCACAGACCAUGAUGAGGCCCCAAUUAUACGACUGGCCUUCAACCUUGGUGUAGAGGAUAUACAGUUACUGAGUGGUGCAGAAAUCACCAGCAAAUUAGUUUAUAUUGUUUUCCUUAAUGGUAAUAUACUUGGAGUAAUACGUAACUACAAGAGACUUGUCUAUACGUUCCGUCUGAUGAGGAGGGCGGGAUAUAUAAAUGAGUUUGUGUCUAUUUGUCCUAGCCAUUCCCACAGAUGUGUAUAUAUCUCAUCAGAUGCUGGCAGAGUCUGUAGACCAUAUAUUAUAGUAAGCAAAGGGAAACCACUAGUGAAAACAAAGCACAUACAAGAGUUAUCUCAGGGUUUCCGAUGUUUUGAGGACUUUCUGAAAGAAGGUUUAGUUGAGUAUUUAGAUGUAAAUGAAGAAAAUGACUGCAUGAUCUCAUUAUAUGAGAAAGAAAUUACAUCAAAUUCGACACAUUUAGAGAUUGAACCAUUCACCAUUCUGGGUGUAUGUGCUGGUCUUAUCCCGUACCCUCAUCAUAACCAGUCACCCAGGAAUACAUACCAGUGUGCUAUGGGAAAACAAGCCAUGGGCACAAUUGGUUAUAACCAGAGGAAUAGAAUUGACACAUUGAUGUACCUCCUGUGUUACCCACAGGCUCCUCUAGUCAAGUCAAAGACUAUAGAAUUGAUCAACUUUGACAAGUUACCAGCAGGUCAGAAUGCUACAGUAGCUGUUAUGUCUUACAGUGGCUACGAUAUUGAAGAUGCUCUUGUUAUAAACAAAUCUUCACUAGACCGGGGAUUUGGUAGAUGUUUGGUAUACAGGAAGCAGCAAUGUACCCUAAAACGAUAUGCUAAUCAAACAUUUGAUAAGGUCAUGGGACCAAUGGUUGAUGCAACCACACGUAAACCAGUUUGGCGACAUUCUGCUCUUGACUCAGAUGGAAUAUGUGCACCAGGUGAGAAAAUAGAAAACAAGCAAGUGUUUGUGAACAAAUGGAUGCCAACUGUCACAAACACUCCUCUCAGCUCGACAGAUCGUGACAAGCAACCAGAGUACAGGGAGGUACCUAUAGCGUAUAAAGGUCCGGAACCAUCGUAUAUAGAGAAAGUGAUGAUCUCAUCCAAUCCAGAAGAAGCUUUCUUGGUGAAGAUGUUAUUACGACAGACCCGUCGUCCUGAGAUUGGUGACAAGUUCAGUAGCAGACAUGGACAGAAAGGUGUAUGUGGGCUGAUAGUUCCUCAAUCUGAUAUGCCUUUCACUGAUCUGGGUAUUUGUCCAGAUAUUAUCAUGAAUCCCCAUGGUUACCCAUCUCGUAUGACAGUUGGUAAAUUGAUGGAAUUACUUGGAAGUAAAGCAGGUGUAUUGGAUGGAAAAUUUCACUAUGGAACAGCUUUUGGUGGAGAUAAGGUUGUAGAUUUGUCGGCAGAUCUGAUAAGACAUGGUUUUAAUUACCUAGGAAAAGACUAUGUCACCUCUGGUAUCACUGGGGAACCACUUGAAGCUUAUAUUUAUUUCGGGCCCAUCUACUAUCAAAAGUUAAAGCACAUGGUUGUAGAUAAAAUGCAUGCUCGUGCAAAAGGUCCCCGAGCUGUGUUGACUAGACAACCGACGGAGGGAAGAUCUCGGGAUGGAGGUCUACGUCUUGGUGAAAUGGAAAGAGAUUGUCUGAUUGGAUAUGGUGCUAGUAUGUUAUUGUUGGAACGUCUGAUGAUAUCAAGUGAUGCAUUUGAAGUAGAUGUUUGUGAACAGUGUGGUCUUCUAGGCUAUCUAGGCUGGUGUCAGUACUGCAAGUCAUCGAAGAAUGUUUCAACACUGAAAAUGCCAUAUGCUUGUAAACUGUUGUUCCAAGAACUGCUAUCUAUGAACAUUGUCCCUAGGCUAUCUCUCAAACGAUACAAUGAAGUGUAGCAUUUGUGAUAGAAUACACUGGUAUCUCUGUAUCUGGAAAUUAAUACUCCACUCAAGGUUCAAUGAAUUUGUGGUUACAACUUCAGCAGAAAUUCUAAUGUGAUGUCUUGAUAUUAAAAAAAACAAAUCACGCGCCAGUUUGUUAAUAUUCAAUGCUUUUUAGACCAAGAUCGUGUAAAAUAGAAACGAAAACCCAUGAAUUAGGUAAUUGUUGUUAUUGCCAUGGUCAGAAACAGGGACUUUUGUUCUUUCUGGGACGUGUGUAUUUAAAGUCCCAGGUUCUUUCUUGUGAGAAAGCUAUCAAGCGAGCUUAAGGGAAGUUGGUGGUUUUGUCCACUUGAGUCUGGAUAAACACAUGAAGGGGCAAUGUGGAGGGUUUCUUCAUCAGUAAAGCUGAAAAUUCCUUAUAUAACCUUAACAGUGUUUGUGCAACCCAGCCAAAGAAAUUUGA